AUGCCUCCAACGAGAAAUCAAAUGAAGGGUGAAGACGAAUUGCACUCAAUUAUUAAAAAUCUUGUGAUUAAAUUAUGUACUUCUGAUGAUUUCAUUAGUCAAGUAACCCAAACAAUUACUAAUAUAAUCGAAGAAAAGUAUAAUAAACAAUUUAAUGAAAUAAUACAGAAGAAUCAUGAAAUCAAUGAAAAGCUGCAGAAGCAGGAAGAUAUUAUUAAAAAUUUGGUUGAACAACAAAAUAAGCAGAAAGGUGUUGGAAGAAGUAGAAAUAUAAGAGUAUACGGUGUCACAGAAUCUACAGAAAAUGAAAAUGUCAGAAAAAUUAUAACAAAUAUUUUUACUAAACAAAUGAAACUUAAGCUGAAGGAUGACAGUAUGGAGUUCUGCUACCGACUAGGCAAAACCGAAACAAAUAAAAAUAGAACAAUAAUGGUUAGAUUCUCUACAAAUUAUUACAAAAAUUUAGUAUAUAAUAACAAGAAGCUUCUAAAGUCCAUCAAGGUUGUAAUAAAAGAAGACCUGACCAAGGACCAAUUAAAUAUGGAACAGGAAGCUACAAAAAAAGUUGGAGACAAGGGGAAAGUAUGGACGAUCUCCGGGAAGAUUUUUCUUAAGUUAGAUAAUCAGCAACGGGUUAUUAGAAUUGAAAAUCAAGAUAAUAUUAACAAACUUUCGGUUUAA